AAUGGCCUCAGUGUGUGUUGGUCUUUUUAUUGAAGGCUUCUAUUCUUCUUUACUCGGAGGUUUUUAUUGUAGGGCCUUUUAGCAACCAAAAAAUUACCAAAGACUUUUGGAAGAUGGAUGAAGCUCAAGAGUCAUCCUGCUGUAUCACCAAUACAAAUAACCCCAGCAGCACCAGCACCAGCAGCUCUCCCAGUAGUAAAUCUGGCAGUGCUCCUCAAUGCAACGGGGUCCCAGAGAGCCGAACCUUGCUGCGGGUGUCUGAGUCACACGGACUCCAGCUGCUGGGCGUGCUCAGAUCAUUCAGGGAGCGGGGCCUGAUGUUUGACUUCAUCAUUAAGGUCCAGGAACAGACUUUUCCCUGUCAUCGCUGCGUCCUUGCUGCAUGCAGUGAUUUCUUCAGGGCCAUGUUUGAGGUGGAUAUGCGAGAGCGUGAUGAUGGUUCAGUGACUCUUGGUGACCAGUGUCCCGUAGCAGUCAGUUUAUUCCUUGACUUUGCCUAUUCCGGAGAAGCGCUUAUCACGGAUGGCAAUGUAGACAUGCUGUUUCAACUUGCAUCUUUUCUACAGGUGUCAGUCCUCUCCCGAGCAUGCAGCAACUUCCUAAUAGGAACCAUGGAUCUCAGUAAUUGCCUGUCACUCUUCUCCAUUGCUGAGGCCUAUGGCUCGGCCUCCCUCCUCCGCAGUGCCACUGAGUAUGCCAUUCAGAACUUCUCCAACCUCUCCAAAACACCGGACUUUCUGGAUAUGCAGGUGAAUGUGUUGGAAACAUGCCUACACUCAGAUGCUCUAAAUGUGCCCAGUGAGGAGGUUGUAGUUGAAUCACUUCUCAGAUGGGUACAACAUGAUCUCCCAGGAAGACAAAAACUGCUGGCGGGCUUGUUAUCUUUAACCAGACUCCACCAUCUCCCUUCACCUACCUUAAAGAUCCUACGUGAUUCAGACCCUCUCCUCCACGAUCACCAGUCUUGUCUGGCCUUGCUCUCAGAGGCUCAGAGCAAACAGGAGCAGUACAGCAGCCUGCUCACCGACGCCAGGCCGGCUACCAUGCAGAGCUACAUCUACAUCCACAAGACAGAGGAGAAUGGAGAGAUCCGACACACCUUCUGCUACUGUCUGGAGACGGAUCAGUGGAAAGAGCUGCGGACAGGGAAUGGGGAGGGGGUAGCCACAAUACCAGACCCACCGGGAUCUUAUCUUACCAGUUAUGCUGAAAAGAUGUUUGUAACAGGUGGCUGCAGGGGAAACUGCUGCCGGGCAAUACGUCUCCACAUAGCCGAACCAUUCCACGAUGCGACAGACGAGGUUUGGUGUUUCUGUCCUGUGACCCUCACCUGCACACCUGCACCUGCCAUGCUGAAACCCAGAACUACACACACAGCUGUAACCUGCAUGGACCGAGUGUACGUUAUCGGAGGACGGACUAAAGGAACCAGAGGGGGAGCUCCUAGUCUGCUGGAGGUGGAGUAUUAUAACCCUCUGACCCAGACAUGGACUUCAGUCAGCCCCCUGCCAACUGCCAUCUUCUACCCUGAAGCUAGUGCUUGUGGCAGUAUUAUCUACACUCUGGGAUCAGAGGUGGAGAUCACAGACUCUUUUAACCCAUCACUGGACUGCUUCUACAGCUACGACGCCCAGAAGGACCAGUGGAGCCGCCUGGUGGCAGAGUUCGGCCAGUUCUUUCAUGCUACACUGGUCAAGGCUGUGUCCAUUAAUAACACACUGCACCUCUGUGAUCUGUCCACUUAUAAGGUGUACAGUUUCUGUCCAGAGACCUGUGUGUGGAAGGGUGAAGGCUCAUUCGAGUGUGCUGGGUUCAAUGCUGGAGCUGUGGGCAUGAGUGACAAAAUCUAUAUCCUGGGUGGAGACUAUUCCCCUGAUGAGAUCACUGAUGAAGUCCAGGUCUUCCACAGCGGCAGGAGUCAAUGGGAAGAAGUGGCUCCGAUGCCCCGAGCGCUCACUGAGUUCCACUGUCAGCUCAUCAGCUUCAACAGAUACAGAGACCCAUGGAGUGACACAGUAGACACACACACAUGAGCCUGUGAGUGUGUUUAUAAGUGGGCAUAAGAUGUGUCACUGAACUGAACAUCCCUGAGUUUCCACAGAGCAUGACGGACACUGACUGAGCUAACAUUUUGAGAAGGACAAUCUUUAACUAACACAGCAUCUCUUACAGGUCAUCAUAAAGCAUGUGCGGCUGAGCCAAAAAAGAAAAACUGUUUUAUUUUUUUAUUUAAAACCUUAACUUUUUAUGAGCACCCAUCAAAUAGUGGUUCCUCCCAUGGAGGAUCCUUAUUGAGCAAUAACUUAUAACAUAUUAGAAUUGUAUUUUAGUACCUUUUAUUUUCCCUGCAUGUUGAGAGUUCACUCAGAGUAGUCACAGUGUCUGUGGACCUAUAAGCUCUCCUGCUGCCAGGCAGUGGCGGAGCCAGACUUUUAUGACUGGGUGGCUAAACUGGGGCACUGACUUUUGGAAGGAUGGCCAGGUGUGGUGAACAUAAGGGGCUUACCCCAAACCUAGGAGGGUUAUCUCUACUAAUCACGUCUACUUUAACUUCUAAUAUAACAGAAUCAAAAAGCAUUAUGUUCUUGUAGCUACAUCAUUUAAAACUUUGAAAGGUAACUCAACAGAGUGGCAACAUUUAAAUCUGCUAAAGUUAACUCUUUAAGGUCCUAAAAAUAUGUUUGUCCAAAGUCCCCAUUUAAAGUACCAACAAACAAAAAUGUCCCACAUUGAAGUGCAGAGAAGCUACAAGCAGGCUGUUGAAACACAACUCAAACACAAUUGUAAUUGAUUUCCAUAUAAGUGCUGCUUCGGACAAGGAGCAUAGCCAAUAAUGGUUUAGGAUUUCAAGGCUGACCAUGGACACACCUGGCCACUCACCCCCUGGCUCUGCCACUGCUGCUAGGACAAAGAAAAGAGGACUUUGUCAUGAAGUACUUUUGCUGCCCUGUUUACACAAAACUUUCUCAGUCAAAGGUUUCCAUGUCAUAAAAUCACUUAUGAUGAAACAGUAGUUUUUUUGGUCCUAUACGUGGUCCUCCUGUACAGCCUAAUCAGGGCUUUACCAUAUUGCAUUUUAUUCAAUAUCUGUUUUUCAGUUUCUAGCUAAUGGAGAUAUGCACACUAUAAAUCAUGCAACGAACAACAUCUAGUAAUAGCUGCACUGUAAAAGUACUAGGAUUGACUUGAUUCCUGAUUACUUGCCUUUAUUCUGCUCCACAUGGUCAUAAAUCCCAGUUCCUUUAGUGACUGAUAGAUAAGUUACCUUAGUUUCUGCUAGUCUGAUGGGAAUGUACAACUGUAUCAUCAUGCCACAGAGAUCACUCAGCAGCUUCAAAGAAAACAGCAGGAGAAAAACACAUGCUUGAGUCAUACUGUAUUAUAUGUUUUUGUCCUGAAACAGAAGGAAUAACUCAAUACACUGAAGACUGUUUAAUGACAGAAAGUGAACAUAAACAUGAGGCUUCAAAAUGUG